UGCGAGGCCUUCAGGAGGGCUGAUUGGUCUGAUGAGCGGAGGGGAGCUCAUCAAAAGGCUUAGCUCCACUGUUUCGACUUCAAGGAAGGUUGAGCAUGCAUGCAAAGGAGUGAAGGACUACUAACCGAUCCUGCUGUCUUCUGUGUUCAGCAAUUGUGACACUGCUCUUGUCUUCUUGGUGAGCAAACAGGCACGGUUCGGCCCACAAUCUCUAGACAGACAGGGUUCUGCCCACAGUCUGUGUCUCUGUCUGUCUUUCCGUCCGUCUCUUGCCCAUAUCCAUUCUUGUGCGCAUCACCUCUGCUGACCUGGUUGUUUUUGUCACACCUGGCAAGGAAAUUCUUGGGGAGAGAAAGGGGGGAACCUUUGACUGCAGGAGGAGAAGGGGAAUGGCAGCUUCAACAAGGGCACUUCGCCCCGGAUAAUGCGGUGUGGAUCAGUCAGUUCAAUGCAAUUUGCAUAUGUUUUUUCCCCCCAGCGGGAGAGCACGCCACUGGUGUACCAGCAACAGAUGGUGCAAAUCCAGUUGCCGAUGCCCCACAGAGUGUGCAGGUGCCAAGUGGGGUGGAGGAGGAGAUGCAAAUCCUUGUUCUGCUGGUGAAAGAGUUGUUGCCGGCUGAAGUGUUGGCUAGGAACUAGGGCCGUAUGGUGGAACGCGCAAGCGUCAGCUAGACUCUUAGAGCAGGAGGAGGAGGGAUAUGUGGCUUUCUGGCAGCCUGCUUCGUGUCUGCUGCAAGUGUGAGCUCUUGGUGGGCGACUAGUGAAUUCGCGGAAGCACUUGGCUGGUUGGUAAGGAGCGCGCAGCGGUUAUAUAUACAUAUAUAGAAAUUGAAUAUAUAGUAUUAGAAUUGUAUUGAAUGCAAGAAAUGAUUCAGGCGUGGUUCACUGGCGGACCUAUGCAGGAAGAACGGCCGACAUCAGUGUUGGCAGAGUGGAAGGACUAUGUGGAAGGGAGAAACCGAAGUGACGGAGGAGGAGGAGCGAGUGGGACAUUCGACCUGGAGUCAGGAAGAGAUGAUGUGCCCCCACUCAUCAAGUCGGUGAACGAGACAAUUGGCGGUGUUUUCACCAGUGUGACAAAGGGAAUGAGAGAGCUCCCUGGAAACAUGCAACAAGCCGCGCAGAGCAUGCCCUCGAGGAAAGCGGUGAUGUACUUUGGUGUGAUGAUGUCAACGGGCGUCCUCUUCCUCUUCCUCUCGUUUACCAUCUUCCUUCCUGUGAUGGCCCUUGCUCCACAGAAGUUUGCCGUCUCGUUCACAAUUGGCUGCCUGUUUGUGAUGGGCUCCUUCUUUGUGCUCAAGGGGCCGAAGCAGCAGCUGCAGCACAUGCUGUCCAUGGAUCGACUCCCGUUCACUGCAGCUUUUGUCGGGAGCAUUGUCACCACUGUCUACUCCUCGAUGGUUCUUCAUAGCUAUCCACUCUCUGUCAUUUCAUCUAUUGUUCAGGUGAUGGCACUUCUCUACUACGCCAUAUCCUACUUCCCAGGCGGUGCAGCGGGGAUGAGAUUCCUUGCAUCAGGGCUCAGAUCUGCAGUGUUCAAGUGCUUUGGCUGCUGAUGCAAAUGCUCCCUGUUAACUAACUUCGACUCUUAACAAAUUUCAGCUGACACUGGUCACGGAUCCGGUCCUGUACCCAAAUGGGCCAGGCAUGAGAGUAAUGGCAUGAAAUACAAAAAGCACACACUCACAUCUGAUCCCUUCCCUGCCUGUCCUCAUUGUUGUCCUGCCCCUCCCCAUGACACCAUCCCCCGCCCCUCUGUUCUCUUUCUCCUGCCCUGCUGUCAUCCUCCCUCACUAUGAUUGCUGUUCUCCUCGUCGCCCGCCUUAUCAGCCUCGUCACGCUCCUCGUCAUCCUUCUCUUCAGCCUGCUCUUCUCCCUCCUGUUAUUCCACAUCGUUCAACGUUUCCUUGUUUCAGAUAUAGUUGGGUGCUUUUUGGUUGGCAGGCAGGUUUGGCUGCUGCCCCUUGAGUAAGGUGGGCACGUUGAUGUAUUGAUUCGCAGUCCGCCGCGGCUUUCACAGCCUGUGAUCUAGACUGCAGAGAAUGGUAGGCAGGCAGGAGGGUGUAGCACCCAUGUAAGCUGGCAACAAAGCUCUUUGUAUGGGCGGGCAUCUACUGUUGUUGUUGUGGUUGCUGUUGUUGAUUCACUAGCGAUGAUGAUGAUGUGGGCUAGAUAAUCGCCCUACAAGUCAUUGUAUUGUAUCUAUGGUUGGGUGGUGAUCGCACUAUGCUUGGCGGGUUCAUGUGAGUUGGCUGAUCGUAGGCUGCUCCAGUUUGCAUUUCGAUAGUACAGGGUCAUUACCAGGUGAUUGAUUUUAAUUCUUCUGUUCAAUUCUUCGAAUGCUUUUUCUGAGAUGGAUAUAAACCAGACUACCAAUUACGUAGUAAUAAUCCUAUCCCAUCUUGCUGGCUGUGUGCUUCAUGAUUUGCCAUGGCUAGCAGACCACUUGGUAGGCCAUUCUGACAUCCACUUCUCUCCUCUCCUUACUCUGCUCCCUUGCUGUUUUUUUUUUGGAAAAAGCAGGGCCUCACGGUCCUGGUUCCGUAUCGUCAUUCUGCUUCCCAUUCCACCGGCAAGUCAGAAAAAAACACAUUUUUGACUCACCUAUGCUCCUUCCCAUUAUGGUUGGGAGGCCCGAGUGGACGACAUUGAUUUCUUGAAUUUUCUUCCCGUGGGAAGGAUGUACCGCCCUCACCCCUGCCUAAGUUAGCCUUGCCAACAUACUUCUAUCCUCCUGUUCCCGGGUGCUGGGGCUAUGCUGAUUUCUUGCUUAAGAAUGGAGAUCUUCCCUUGCAAUCCUGGUCCAUCUUCUGGAGGAGUUCAAUGCGUGUCUUUUCAAUUAGUAAGGUCUCCGCUCCACUGCACAACUAUUGCAAUGUCUCUGGCCUGUCUGCGAUCCACAUGCAUUCGGACUCACCAUACACUUCGAAGUUCGAACACAUCGGAACCACAAUCAAAGCCAGAUUCGUUU